GAUCUCUUCUCCUCCACACGUGAGGGAGGGGACCACGGGAGACGAUAGCAGGGCGACCGAUACGCAGCGAUACUACUCCCAUUGGCGCGGUGGUCUCGUCCUCCGCCUCCCCGUAUUCGCCGGCCCUCCCGGAUGGGAAGAGCUUCGGUUCUCCUCGCUCUUCUCCACUUUCUCUUUCUUCUUGGCACGGUCCGGUGCUCCGCCAGCGCCGCCCUGGGCCGCCGAUCGCCGCCCUCCAUCGACGGUGUUUGCGCUCGGCUUAUUCGACCUUUGGGCUACCCUUGCACCGAACACACUGUCGAAACAAAGGAUGGCUUCCUUUUAUCUGUUCAACAUAUUCCACGCGGGAGAGCAGCUUUAGGGAAAAAAUCUGGUCCUCCAGUUUUCCUUCAGCAUGGCCUUUUUCAGGGAGGAGACACAUGGUUUGUGAAUUCUGUUGAAGAGUCACUGGGAUUCAUCCUUGCUGAUAAUGGUUUUGAUGUCUGGGUAGGGAGUGUACGUGGUACACGCUGGAGUUAUGGCCAUGUCACCUUAUCUGAGAAUGAUAAGGCAUUUUGGGAUUGGAGUUGGCAGGAGCUGGCUCAAUAUGACUUGCUGGCUAUGAUAAGCUAUGUAUAUUCAGCAACAAAUUCCAAAGUUUUCUAUGUAGGUCAUUCACAGGGAACUAUCAUGGCUUUAGCUGCUUUCACCAUGCCAAAUGUGGUUAGAAUGAUUGAGGCUGCUGCUCUUCUAUGUCCUAUUUCAUAUUUAGAUCAUAUCAGUUCAAGUUUUGUUCUUAGAGCAGUUGGCUUGCGUCUUGAUCAGAUGCUUCUCACCAUCGGCAUUCAUCAGCUUAAUUUUAGGAGUGAUACGGGUAUUCAGAUACUGGAUUCUGUAUGUGAUGGCCAUAUGGACUGCAACAACUUGCUGUCUGCAAUAACAGGGGAAAAUUGUUGCUUCAAUGUGUCUCGGAUAGACCAUUACCUGGAGUAUGAACCUCAUCCAUCAUCCACAAAAAACCUUAACCAUCUUUUUCAAAUGAUCCGCGCAGGCACCUUCACAAAGUAUGACUAUGGGUGGCUGCGGAACCUGAUAAAUUAUGGGCGCUUGCAUCCCCCAGCAUUUGAUUUGGCACACAUACCGACCUCAUUGCCCAUAUGGAUGGGCUAUGGAGGUAGUGAUGCAUUAGCAGACGUUACUGAUGUUUGGCGCACUAUUAAGGAGUUGAGAUCUGAGCCUGAAUUGUUGUACAUUGAUAAGUAUGGUCACAUCGAUUUCAUCAUGAGUGUGAAGGCAAAAGAUGAUGUGUAUGGUGAAUUGAUAAGGUUCUUCAGAUCUCAGGGAUGGCCUAGCAGUUAUUAGAAUGCCUAGCCAUCGUAGAGUGCUGAUUUCGGUAUAUCUGUUUGUAUAUAAUUAUCUUAGUUUAGCAUAUUGUAGUAACUAAGUGUAGGAUGGACUGCGCGCUGUCUGGUUAAAGAGUGCAAGGCAAAAAAAUACUGGAAAGGAGCAAGCACCUAUGAAGAAGACACCACAUUAAGGGUUGCAUGACUAGAAUUCAUUUGUGGGAUAAAAUAUGUAGCUUCUGUAUGAACUUGAUAACAUGAAGUAUUUGAUGUAUACUGUAAAACAAGUUGCAACAGACUAUUUAUGUCUGAACCAUAUUACUUAAUUUUGAGUGAACAGACUAUUUAUGUCUGAACCAUAUUACUUAA